AUGGUUGAUUAUUUGGAUGAAUUGGUUGCUGAGAUCAAUCAUUCGGUGACUUCGAUUUCAACUUUGGAUUUUAAAGCUCCAGGAAUUUUCCAGAAUGCAAUUAAACGUAGUAAUUAUGAUGUCAAUGAUCUACUAGAAAGAUUAGUUAAGGAUGUUGACGACGAGAGACAGGCACCAUUAUUUACAAUCGAUAAAGUCCAUAAAAUACCCACGAGAAAAGAUGGUAAGAAAGGUAUCUUGGACUAUUUAACUGAGAGGGAUGAUAAUUUGAAGAGAAACAGACACAUCGGAUUGCCAGAACAACUUCCCGUGAUUCAUAUACCAAACGAUUAUUAUGAGAAGUUAGAAAAUGAAAGAAACACCAAAAACCGUCGUUUGACAAGGAAUGAUAUUUUAUUAGACGUCGACGCUGUCACUUCAUCUAUGAGUACGGCAAGUCCAACAGCAAUCAAUAUACUGAAUAAAAAGUUCAAGAACAACAGAAUAGUAACGCAAUUAUUAUCUGCUUUGAAGAAUGGUACUGUUAUUUCUGAUAUAGGCAAUGGUAACAGAAGGAAGACUAUGUUUGUUGAUGAUUUCCCAACAGAAGCUAUAUUCGAAGUUUUGCAAGAAAUCUUAACCAUUUGGCCAUCAGAUGCCUAUGAACAAGACUACAUGAACCUAUUUAGUAAAUACAAAGACUUAAUCGGUGAAAUAGAAACAUUACAGGAUGAGAUUAGGGUCCAAGAUGGACAACUCACUGCACAAAGAAGAAGUGAAACUGAAGUUAGUUCAGGUCUAUCUAACGUAGCCCAACGAUUGAUUGCAAAAGAAAAAAGAGAUAUAGCGAAACUAGAAAGUCAAAUAAAUGAUCUCACUUAA